AUGCUUCCCUACCUUUUCUUAGCUGCUACGCAGCUCUUCACUGCCACAUCGGCAGCUCUGACCUACCGGGGCGCCGAUAUCUCCUCCCUGAUCGUCGAGGAAAAUAAAGGCAUCUCCUACAAGAACACUGCCGGCUCAACGGCAAAGCUCGAGUCGAUCAUCGCGGAUGCAGGUAUCAACUCCGUUCGUCAGCGCAUCUGGGUCAACCCCAGCAACGGCGACUAUGAUCUGGACUACAACAUCAAGCUCGCAAAGCGGGUGCAAGCAGCUGGAAUGACUACCUAUCUGGACUUGCACUUAAGUGACACAUGGGCAGACCCAAGUUCUCAGACCACCCCAUCCGGAUGGUCCACAACCGACAUCGAUACCCUGACAUGGCAGGUGUACAACUACACACUGGAGGUGUGUAACGAAUUCGCAUCGAACGGUCUGACGGUUGAAAUGAUCUCGAUCGGUAACGAGAUCCGUAACGGUCUCCUCUGGCCCCUCGGGAAGACAAGCAGCUACUCCAACAUUGCUAGCAUUCUGCACUCCGGUGCAUGGGGCGUGAAGGACUCCGACCUCGCGACGACACCGAAGAUUAUGAUUCAUCUCGACAAUGGCUGGAGUAGCAGUGACCAAACCUAUUUCUACGACAAGGUGCUCGCGUCCGGCUCGGCGCUUGUCUCCACCGACUUCGACUUCAUUGGUGUCUCUUAUUAUCCCUUCUACAGUGCCAGUGCGACCCUGUCGGCUCUCAAGUCUAGUCUUUCCUCUUUGUACUCGAAAUACGGCAAGAAGACCCUGGUCGUGGAGACAAACUGGCCGUUUUCAUGUCCCAGCCCGGAAUACUCUUUCCCAUCGGACUUGACUGAUAUUCCCUUCUCCGUGGCUGGCCAGCAGACUUUCUUGGAGCGGCUGUCGACUGCCGUUGCGGGGGCUAAUGGCAUUGGUAUCUAUUACUGGGAGCCUGCGUGGGUUGACAAUGCGGGGCUCGGAAGCAGCUGUGACGACAAUCUGCUGUUUGCGUGGUCGAACGAUCAGGCACGGUCUAGUCUAAACGCGCUGGGCAGUGUUUGA